AUGGCUCAGACCAGGGCAAAGAAAGCCGCAGCAGUAAAUUUCCCAGCGAAACCGAAGCCGGCAACAGGGCCAGCAGCGAAGCCAACAACAAACCCUACAACAAAACCAACAACAAAACCAACACCAAAGUCAACACCAAAGCCAACACCGAAGCCAACACCAAAGCCAACAACAAAGCCAGCAGCAAAGUCAGUAGCAAAACCGAGGCCAACACCGAAGCCGAAGCUAGCAACAAGGCCAGCAACAUCGGGCAAUUUAACGGAGGGGCCGCUGUCUGGAUUUCCUCCUGAUUCGAAUGAUGAUGCACCUAAACUUAAGGAUCACAAGGUUAUUCUGAUAAUGGACUCGGCGGUCAAGGGAUACAAUUCUAAUCGCAGAGAGUAUUUACUUUUGCCCCUCUGGGAGAAGGCUUACAGCGUCGAUCAAAGUUGGUAUGGAAUUAGUGGUCUCGUGAAUGCAUAUCUUGGGGCUCUCAUAAAUGCCUUCUUAAAAGAUUCCCCAGGUGACGAUGGCCCAACCGGAGAGACGGUUUGCCAGUUUGACAUGCUCGGGUUUGAACCAAGAACCUGUUAUAAGGAUGCCCCUCGCGAUUAUGUGGCUGCAAUCUCAGAGAUGAUAAGUCAUGGUUAUCAGGAAUUGAACUUUUACAUCCGCCCAGUAGAGCCUGGUAGCUUCAGGUGUGGUUGCAUUGCGGAACACAAGGCCCAUAUUAUUAAACAUCCACGCAACGACGAAAAUACGGAUGUUGAGCGAACAAGCAAACGACGAAGGAACAAUGAGAAUGGUACGCUUUACUUAAGUAAAUUGGCGCCAGAGGUGGUGCCAGGGUGUCGUUUUAACUAUAACGAAGAUGUUGAACCCGGGCCACAGGAUCUUGACGGGAGUGAUGAAGGCCCCGAAGGGAUGGAGCUGGGUGACGAAUAUUCUGAGGGGCAGAAGCUGGGAGACGAAUCCUCUGACGGGGGAGAUCCGAGCGAUGAUAGCUCCAAGGGGGAGGACCCGUAUGAUAUGAGCUCUGAGGCGGCGGAUGACAUUUAUUCCAAACCGCUGGCCGAAGGAAGAGACGAGCAAGCGGCCACAAGCGAAAGGCAACACGUCUGGAAACAGUUUCACGAGAUUCAUAAUUGCAAGGAUAUUGAACAAUUUGACGAAGAAGUAUGGGAAAAUUGUUGCGCUUUUUUUGGAGUCGAUACUAGCAAAACAGACUGGGAACCACCCACCAUGUUCACAUUACCAGGCCUCAAGGUGGCUUUGCUACCUCAUCAAGCUUAUGCAGUCUAUUGGAUGCUAAAAUCCGAGGUAUCUAUAGCUGGCGGGGGCUUCCUUUGCGACGAGGAUGGAAUAGGAAGAGAAGAAGAGAUUUUAGCUGUAUUUGCCGCAAGCCGGGUUUUAGCAAAAGCCUCUCAGAUAAUGGAGGAGGAGAGGGGCCUCAUAGGCCAUAAAUUUCAUCUGCCCCCGUCCAGUGUCCAUAAACAGGGAAGCGGAGCUCGGUGCCCAAGUGAGGAGGCCGGGACACCACGGUUCCCUAUUGCUUGUCCUUGUGUCGAGGCUGGUCCUUCUGCUACUCUCAUGUCGCCCAAACGGUUUAGACCGACGCUGCUCGUAACGCCUGAUGGGCAGAUCCAAGAGUGGACUUUAGCCAUCAAACGUAUCCUCGAAUUUAGACCAGAACCAAUUAGCUGCGCAAUUCACAUAGAUGAACUGCCUUUGAAGCUUUCUGUCCUCCAGGAAGAUAAUUCAGAUAUAGACGAGGAAGUCCUGGAUAUGCUUGCCAUGCAAGCUACCACGAAGGAGAGACUGCCAGAUGACGAAAGCCUACUAGAUAGGGAAAGACUUCUUGUCUUGACCUCCGAGGAAGAGUGGAAACGCAGCAUGCCAAAUGUUGAGCAAGCCUAUAAAGCUGCAAAUAAGGGAAAAGAGCUUGUGACCGAGUGGGGACGCGUGAUUAAAGAUGAGUGCUAUACAGAUAUGGAGGCAAACUCGCGCACUGCGGAGACGCUGGCUCAACUUGGCGGAAAGCCAUGGUUAUGGGCACUUUCAGACGCUCCUUGUGAAGAACGGCCGGCAAAUCUGGCUGUAUACGUCGAUUAUUUGGCAAGCAAUGCAUCGGGAAGCUGGAGUGAUAAUCACAGGCUCCAAUGGGCGGAAAGGCUCAAGGAGGUAGAUUCGCAUUACCUGCUUUUGUUAAAAUGGGGGGAGCCGGUAUUUGGUAUUGGCGUCUGGCAAUUUGCCACACAGUUCGGAUACGUGUUGACGGGCCUGAUGAUACGGCGCACUGCCUUGACGGAAUGGUUUGGAGAGCGACUCCAUCCGCCAACGAAAAGUGUUAUGAUUACAUCUGGCCAAUUCAACCCAUCGCAAACAGGGGUUGACAAAAGCGUAACGAAACUCCGAAGGAACGCCCAGUGGAUUCUACGAAAGUCCAUAAAGCGCCAAAUAGCUCCCUCGAAAGACGAUGUGUAUCGUACUGGUAGGAUGACUCAAGUGGCCAGUGGGUUUAUGACAUGGUUCCAGCUUAUGCGCGUUUUCCGGAUGACAGCAACAGUACCAGGCCUGGCUCGACUUGCCGUUGAGGACAAUAUGCUGCUGUCGACAGCUGAGUUGGAAGAGAGCAAGUGGUGGGAACCGAUGGGUAGUUCCCCCUAUGAAAAUAAUCUGGAUGAGCUGGGCGCAAGUAGCGGAGCGUUCCGGCAACUGCUCCAACACCUAGGAAGCGGAGUGCUAAACAAAGGAAAGGCCAUUGUAGUGUCAGAAUUUCCAGUCAUAGCACACAUUACCCACUUAUGGCUAAAUAAAAAUGGUUACAAAUCAUUAAUAUUGCAUAAAUAUGACAUGAACAAUGCGAAGCUACUUCGAGCAUUCGAGAACAAUUAUAACGGUGGUCACGUUUCGGCUUUGCACAGGGCAGCGCAAGACGCACAGGUUCUUGUCACCACAUACCCAUUAUUGCCAAAGUGUUCUCCUAUCUACAAGACAGGACUGUUGAUCAGCAUGGAGCUUCCCUGGGACAUCGAAGAUGAGAGAUCCAUAAAAGAUCACCUCAGUAGACCUAAACAAGGAACAGCUUUUAAAUGCAAUAUCACUACUGGAGACAGAACAGAAACGAAUGUAAAGAAACACCACUUCGGAAAAUUGCGCUUUCGCGAUUUAAGUUUCAGGGAAGAUAACGAUCCGGAGGAUUUUGGAAGCCGAAAGCCACCCCGGAUUUUCGAGAUUUUCAGACACGCUGCCGAACAUCCUGAAAGGAUGCCGGCUGUGCUAGAAGAGCGACCACCUGGAGGUACCGGUAUCUCUGAUAUCUUCAAAAUGUUCUUCGAGGACUACUAA